GUUUUGAAAUUAUAAUUUUGAGGAGAAUCAUCAACAAGGAAAGUCCUGAGCAGCAUAUUUGCAGUAACACCCAUUACCUAUUAAAACGCCCAACCAGGAAUACUGGUUUUACAGUGAGAGUAGACCACAUAGCUAACAUUCUGUCACACACAGCGUCAGUCAGACAGUUUCACUGAAGCUGUUAACUUCAGGAGCUCAUUUUCUCUGUGGAUACUUUGUCCUGCUCACUUUUUUGUUGAGUCUUUUCUUUAGCUGUGAUCUCAACACAUUUUAUCAAGAGGUUAACCAAUUCCUGCUGAGCUAAAUCACCUGUUGAUUUUAACCUUUUUUUUAACAACUAGUAAAAAUGUCACACCCGAGCACUCUGGAUUUAGACAGAUACAGCAGUUUGGAGAAAUCUCGUCGCUCAACCAGUCGUAGUCAGCCAAGGGCUCAGGCCAAGUACGGAGAAGUCCUGUGCGACUUCUGCACAACAAGGAAGCAGAAGGCUGAGAAGUCCUGCCUGGUGUGCCUGGCAUCUUACUGCGAAGCCCACCUCCAGUCUCACUAUGAGUACCCUGCCAUGAUGAAGCACAAACUGGUCAAAGCUACAGGUCAGAUGAGAGAGAAGAUCUGUGCACAGCAUGACAAGCUGCUGGAGGCUUUUUGUCGCACUGAUCAGACAUCAGUGUGCGUUCUGUGCAUGAUGGAUGAACACAAACACCAUGACAUCGUCCCAGCUGGAACUGAGAGGACUGAGAAACAACAACAACUUGGUAGCACGCUGCACAAAUCUCAACAGAGGAUUGACCAGAGAGUUAAAAAGUGGCAGGAUCUCAGACAAGCUGUUGAAUCAGUCAAAUACUCUUCGCAAACAGCCCUCGAGGAGAAUGAGCGGAUCUUCACUGAGCUUCUGCUUUACAUAGAGAGAAAGUACAAUGAAGUCAAGGAGAUGAUCCGCUCCCACGAAAAGACCACCGUGACACGGGGGGAGAUACUGCUAGACCGCUUGGAGGAAGAGAUCACUCUGCUGAGGAAGAGACACACUGACCUGGAGAAGCUCUCACACACCGACGAUCACAUUCACUUUCUACAGAGUUGGCAGUCUCUGUCAGGCCCCUCAGGAUAUGAAGACCUCAACAACAUCAGUGUCGCUCCCUAUUACUCCUUUGAUGCUACCAAGAGAGCCAUUGCUGCACUGAAAUUACAAGUGGAAGAAGUGAGCAAGACAGAAAUGGGAAAAAUCUCAGGAGCAGUGAAGGAAGUCUACAUCACACAAGACGCUGAGCCAAAGACAAAGAGGGAAUCGAGUUUGGGGGAAGAUCAAAAAACAAGAGAAGAACCAAGAACAAGAGAAGAACCAAGAACAAGAGAAGAACCAAGAAUAAGAGAAGAACCAAAAACAAGAGAAGAUUUCAUGAAAUAUGCUUCCCAGUUGAUUCUGGAUGUCAAUAGUGUGCACCCCAACCUUCACCUCUCUGAGGGUAACCGAACAGCUACGAUGAAGAGUGAGCCCAAGAACUACCCUGACCACCAAGACCGAUUUGACCACUGGCAGCAGGUGUUGUGCAGGGACAGUGUGAAUGGGACUCGUAGUUACUGGGAGGUGGACUGGAGGGGAACAGAGAUAGACAUAGCUGUGACCUACAGGGGAAUCCGUCGUAAAGGAAACGGCAAUGAAUGCAGCCUGGGCUGGAAUGACAAGUCCUGGAGUCUGUACUGUUCUGACUCCAAAUUUUCCAUUGUGCACAACAAUAAGAGCAGCGAUAUUCCAGGUCCACCGUCGUCUCGUAUUGGUGUCUACCUGGACCAUGCAGCAGGAAUACUUGCAUUUUACAGCAUCUCUGGUGGCAUGAGGCUUUUGCACAGAGUCCAGACUACAUUUACAGAGCCCCUGUACCCCGCAUUCAGUGUGUGGGGCUUUGGUACUAAUAUAAAACUGUAGGAGAGUUGCUAAAGCACCAGCAAGUGGCAUCAAAUUUUGAAACACUGAUUAAUUCCUGUUUGUUUCACUUUUUGUUAAAACUUAUUCUUUCCUCAUGAACUAUUAGUGUUUAAAAUAAUUCAGAUUUUCUAUUUUUGUUCUUUUGAUCACUGAUUGAUGUUCUGGGGCAAUGCAGUCUGAAGGGACGAUAACAUAAUGUGUAAAAAAUUGAUUAUCAUGUUAUUUUCUUGAUGUCUCAUAUCUUUUUCUUUAUUUUGUUAAAGCAUAUUUUACUUACUGAUUAUUUACUGAUUAUGAAUGCUGUCUGUUAAA